AUGUCGUGGAACUACACGGUGACGGCGCACCGUCCGUCGGCCGUAUCGCACGCCGUCACGGCCGCCUUCACCGGCCCGGACGACCUCAACCUCAUUGUCGCAAAGUCGACGCGGCUCGAGGUCCACGCAGUCGACGGCUCGGGCGAGGGGCUGCGGCCGCUGCUCGACGUGCCGCUGUACGGGCGGGUCGCGACGCUGGAGGUGUGGCGCCCGCACGGCGCCGGCCACCCCGACCUCAUCUUCCUCUCCACCGAGCGCUACCGCUUUGCGCUUCUCGCCUACGACGCCGAGAGCGGAGAGGCGAGCGCUGCGCCUCCUAGUGCUGGCGCCUCUAGCGCCGCCGCGGCCAUCGUCACCAAGGCGGCGGGGGACGUCUCCGACAAGACAGGCCGCCCCUGCGACUGCGGCCAGAUCGCGGCCCUCGACCCGCAGCACCGGCUGCUCGGGCUUCACAUGUACGACGGCCUCUUCAAGAUCAUCCCCGCGCUCGCGGGAGGCGCGCCACGUCCGGACGCCUUCGCCGCCGCCGGAGCCCUGCAGCAGCCUUCUCGGACCCCUCGGGCCGAGCUGUACCUGCUCGACCUCUGCUUCCUCGCCGGCACGCCGCGCCCGACGCUCGCCACCCUGCACGAGGACUCGAAGCACCAGCGUUACCUCAAGACGCACGAGGUUUCCGUGCGGGACAAGGCGCUCUCCGACGGCCCCUGGCCGCAGGUCGACUGCAGUGUAUAUGUGUAUAUCGCCCCACCCCGUCCUCCUCCCCAGAGGCCAGCACCGCGCUCGGAAGACCUGCGCACGUGUCUGGCCGCAGGUUGCCGUCGAGGCGUCUCUGCGUCGGGUGCGCCGACUCUCUUCCGAGCCCACGGCCGCGUGGACCCAGACGGGACGCGGUGGCUCCUCUCCGACGCGGCGGGGACGCUCCACGCGGGGACGCUCUACGUGCUCGCCAUCGGCUUGACGGACCGCGCCGAGGUGACGUCGCUCACGCUCGAGCGGCUUGGCCAGACAGUCGCCGCGUCCGCCAUCUGCUACCUCGACAACGGCGUGGUCUACCUCGGCUCGAGCUGCGCCGACGCGGUGCUGCUCUCUCUCUCUACGGAGGCGCACGAGGACGGCUCCUACUUCUCCGAGCUGGCGAGGUGGGAGAACCUCGGCCCGAUCGUCGACUUCGCGGUCCUCGACCCCGAGGGGCAGGGGCAGGGGCAGGUCGUCACUUGCUCGGGCACGCGCCGGGACGGCACCGGGGCGAGGGAAGCUAGCAUAGGCUCGAUCCGCGUCGUCCGUUCGGGCGUCGCCUUCGACGAGCGGGCGUCGCUCCCCCUGCCCGGCGUCAAGGCGAUGUGGUCGCUGCACGCCUCCGGCUGUGGCGGCGGCGGCGGUGGCAGCGGCGGCGGCGUCGCCCCGGCACGGCUGGUGCUGUCGUUUGUGUCGGAGACAAGGCUGCUCGCGAGGGGGACAGGCGACCAUCUGGCCGAGGUGGAGGAGGGGGGCGGCUUCGACACGGAGAGCGCGACUGUGUUUGCAGCCUCGCUCGCCGGCGGCGCCGCCAUUGUGCAGGCGACGUCGCGCUGCCUGCUGCUGCUCGAUGCCGCCUCCCUCGCUCAGCUCGGGGUCUGGUCGCCGCCUGACGGAGCCGCCAUCACCCUCGCUGCCGCGCACGGCACCACCCUCCUCCUCGCCACCGCCGGCCGCACCGCCGCGCUGCUCCGGGUCUUGCAUAGAGCACUCGCAGGCAUCCGGCGAAGGCCCUUGCGGCCUGUCUUGCCGAGGAGCAAGUCAGGCGCGUGCGGCGGCGAGCCCCUCCUGGCGGCGGUCGGUUCGUGGACGUCGUUUUCCCUGUCUCUCCUCUCGCUCCCCUCGCUCGCGCCUUGCGGCACCACCCCGCUCGGAGACAAGGGCGCGCCGCACGAGUACCUGCUCUGCGGACUCGGCGACGGCAAGCUGCUCUACUUCCCGCUGCCGACCGCGGAGGACGCCGCGCCGGUGCUCGGCGCGCCAAAGGCGGCCCCCGCGUCGCCACGCCGCCGACAGAGCCACUCGUUCCCGCUCGUGUUUUGCUGCUCCGAGCGGCCAGCGCUGGUGCACGCCUCCGCAGGCCAGCUGCUCUUCUCGUCGGUCAACUUGCCCGCAGCUCACGCCCUCGCGCCCUUCUCGUGUUACGCCCUCCCGGGCUGCCUCGCCGCCGCCGACGAGGAGCCGCGGCUGCUCGGCAGUGUGUCCACCUACCGGCUCGGCGAGCAGCCGCGCCGCAUCGCCCCUCUGCCAACGCGGCGCGCGCUGGCGCUGCUCACGUCGACGGGCGAGCGGGCUGUGCCCGGGGGGGAGGAGACGGAGCGGUACAAGCUUCGCGUGUUCGACGACUCCUCCUUUGCGGAGCUGGCGUCGGCGCACCUGCUUCCGGACGAGGCGGGCCUCUCCAUCCUCGUGUCGGGGCUCGGCGAGGAGGAGGCGGCCGAGGGCGGCUACAUCGUGGUUGGCACUGCGCACAUCCUGCCCGACGAGCCGGAGCCAACCUCUGGCCGCAUCCUCGAGGGCUCGCUCGAGCUGCGGCACGAGGCGGCGGUGCGCGGUGCCGUCUACUCACUCGCCGAGCUGUCGUCUGGCCUGCUGCUCGCCGGCGUGAACAACAAGCUGCAGCUCUUCGAGUGGGAGGCGGGUGCGCCGCGGCUGGCGCUGCGGGCGGAGCACUGCGGCCACAUCCUGGUGUUGUACGUGCAAGCGCGCGCCGACUUCAUCUUGGUGGGCGACCUGAUGAAGUCGAUCACGCUGCUGCAGUGGUCCGCGGGCGAGCUCACCGAGCUGGCGCGCGACGUCAACGCCAACUGGAUGACCGCGGUCGCCUUCCUCGACGACGACACCUUCCUCGGCGCGGAGAACGCGCUCAACCUCUUCGCGGCUCGCAAGCGGGCCGACGCGCCCACCGAGGAGGAGCGGGGCAGGCUGGAGGUGGUGUGCGAGUUCCACCUGGGCGAGUUCGUCAACCGCUUCCGCCGCGGCUCCCUCACCAUGCAGAUGCGCGAGGCGGGCGCGGAGCCGCUGCCGACGAUGCUGUACGGCUCCGUCAACGGCGUGGUCGGCGUGGUCGCCUCGCUUCCGCAGGAGCUGUACGUGCGGCUCGCAAAGGUGCAGACGGCGCUCUCCCGCGUCGUCAAGGGGGUGGGUGGGCUCUCUCACGCGUCGUGGCGCUCCUUCGUCAACGACCGGAAGACCGCCGACGCGCACGGCUUCAUCGACGGCGACCUGAUCGAGGCCUUCCUCGACCUGCCGCCGCGCAAGAAGGAGGAGGUCGUCGCUGGGCUCGACAUGACCGCCGAACAGCUCUCGCGUGUCAUCGAGCAGCUGGCGCGCCUCCACUGACAUGUCCACUGAGCUGCCUCGGAGGGAUCGCGCUUCGCGGAUCGGGGACAGUUUCGGGACAGUGGACGCGAAGGUGCUGCGGCUCAUUAGCAGAGCGAGGUGUUCAGGCUUGUACGCAAAUUAUCAGGGCCGCUCCG